AUGGCGCAAGCGGGUGAAGAUGAAAGCAAGCUGCACCAUCAAAAGAUGGCAGAGCUCAGCAACUUUCCACAGUACCUUCCCGCGGAAGUGCGAGACGGGUUUCUUGCAGACACAACAGCCCGGCAGGGUUUUGUUCUCCGGCUCCUGUCUUGCGAUCCAGCGCCUCCCGACUCUACGGAGGUUCUUUUCGGCUUGAAGUGUCUGAAGAUCUUGGAGGAAUUGCAGGCACCGACUACACUCGACUUCAAGCUCGCAGUGCUCCGUGCGCUUUGGAAGCUCAUCAUCGCAGGCUCAACGUCACGGCCCGGACGCCCGUUGUAUGGGUAUUCUGCAAGUGCCAAGAUCCUCGAGAGCUUCCGGACAUGGUUGCACUUUACAGACGCAGAGCACAUCCUGCCAAUUUGGCGGGACGAGGUUUCGAAUCAAGAAGAGAUUGCUCAGGUAGAUGCUCUUCGGAGAGAAGUGGAUGUACGGGUACCUCUUCGCUUGAUUUUUGAGGAAGUCCGUAAGAGCCCACGGACCGACUGUUCCGCAAGCAAUUCAAAGCGCAGAAACUAUGUACUUCAACUUGUGAACGUUUGUUCAACAUUCGCCAACUUCCACGGUUGCAUCCCAGUUGAAGCUGCAGUGGAAUUAACGGCGGAACUGGCCAAGGAAGUUGAUAGUCUGCACGUAUACUCUCUCGUCUACGCCAAGAUGCUAGCCUUCACCACGCCAAGGGUCAUGACACCGCAAAUAAUCUUGGAUGGCAGACUGUGGUCGUGGUGGUCAAGGUUGCCAGAGGGCCUAAUUCCGAAGUUUGACCUCAUGUGGUUCCACUCGCUGGGCAGAUAUGCGGAGCUCCACUGGGCCAACAAGGUAGAGGAUGCCUUGAGCCAAACGGGCUCUGCGGGUAGGGCUGAAGAGUGUUUCAGCAAGCUUCAAGAGCAGCUACCGUACUUGAUGAACAAGAUUGCUCGUACACUCUGCAUUCCCUUCGGAUCUCCGGCUGCCAAGGCGGUAGAUGGAAAUAAAGGGGAGAGGGCUCCAGAUCUGGACCGUUACCCAAUUCCAGAAGAAGUUGAUGCUGUGUUCAUGGGCAGCCAGACUGCCUGGAGGGAGGUCUCCAUCUUUCUCGUAUAUCUGCUGGAGCCAGCUCCCCCAGCGCAGCCUUCCUCAUCGAACAUAUGGACGCUUUUGACAUUGCUCCUGCGUCGCAUGCGGCCAUUCAUCACACCCGCAACUUCGCAGGGAGAGUGGCUAUGGCACUGCACAACACUUAUGCACAACCUGACAUCGCAGUACUUCAAACGGAUCAGUCGAGAGCGUUUGCUGGCCACGACUGCCCCCAAGGCUAAGCACUUGACAGCAGAAGCCGACCAAGCUUUCCUGAAGCUGCUGCUACCUUUGGUGCGUGACCUCUUGACCGUGCGAUCAGCGCAUGAGGUAGUAACUUCGCUGGACAAUCUGUCGAGGCUCACCAAAAUUUCCGCAAUGCAGCCAGGAUUGGUUGCGUUUGACCCGUCUUCCUCCAUUGACCCCUUUCGUGUCGACUUCCAGUCGAUGGUCGUACAGGCUACUGAGGUGCUGAAUGAUCCGUCAAUGUCUGGGAGACAUGCUACGCUUCUGCGGGUCUUCGUCUCCAUCAUGCCAGCUCUGACCUGCCAAAUGCCGGCUGUGGUUGGAGAGCUGCUCCCUUUGACCUUGCUCGGGAUCGACCCGACCGAUGUAUCAAAGACAAUGUGUGCCCUGAGGCUAUUGACGUCAGUGUUUUCUCAGAUGCCUUGUUUAGACAUGAAUGACUGGGAACUCAGAGACAAACCCACUGGCAGCGCUUUCCGCCACAUCCAGUGGCCACUUCCAGCAGAUGCCCAAAUGGAGAGUGGAGACCCCGACUACAGUGCGACUGGCAUUGUUUCGUCCAUGUUGCCGGCCUUCGCAGUCGAAUUUGUUCAACGUGCCUGCGACUAUGUCACAAGAAUUCCCAAGCCACGAGGUGCCAAACAAGGCAAGAUUUCAAUGGAGGGUACUUGCACAGGCUUGCUGCAUGGAGCUCUUUGCCUCGUAGCCACCCAGACAGACAAAGAAACGUAUAAGCAGAUGGUGGAGGAGGUGUCCCAGUUUGUGAGCAGCAACCUACUACCAGAUCAAGUGAAACCUGCUGGCCAGGUUAUAUUUGCCAUUGCUCGUGCAUCUCCGGAGAUCUCGCUCUCCAUGAUGCUGCCGAUGUUCUUCAAGAAGAUUCUUGCUAGUCGAUCAACAGCAGUACCCCUUCAUGAAAUAGGGGUAUCUGAGAGCGAAGCCAAAUGGUUCCUGUCACUUCUCAGUUCCUUGGUACGGUCAGGCGGGUCAUGCUUGCUUGCGCACAAGACGCAGCUGGAGCUUGUGAUAAGAUCUGCACUGUUGGAUGAGCGGGAGGCGGUGACCAAGCUUGGCAUGAAGCUUCUCCGCCGCGUCCUGUACGCGAUCACGGCCAUCUACGUAGAGACUGACUACAGGCUUUGUGACUCCAGUGUGUGGCAGGGGUUGAUGGACUGUCGACGCAGCAGCAGCACCACCGACGGAGCAGCUCUGUCCUGCUUGCUGUGGUCGGGGGUCAAAGGGCCCUGGUGGUUGCGGGAGGCCUCUCCAAGCGCCUUAGCAUCCGUCAGCUGGCAUGUGCCCUCUGAGGAGGAAGUGGCCUGGGCACGAAGCUUGGUCUUCGGGGCCCUUGACCAAGCUGGCAAACUCCUUAGCUCCAUCAUUGAGGUUCCAAGUCUAAGUGGGGGAGGCUUUCCAGAGGGUCCCAGCUGGCUCGAUGGGUUAGCCACUAGCUUGCCCCCGAAGAAGAAGUUCGCGUAUGGCAUCAUUCUCGCAACCCGCCUGAUCAAUCAGGUUCUGAGGGGCACAUCUGACCUGUGGCCAGACGAGCGCAACAGCGAUGAACUUGAGGCAAGGCAGCUGCCAAAGAACCUCAAGGUGGCUGGCGAUACUGCAGAGGCUAUCUAUGGGUGGCUCUUCCCGGUUGUUCUGUCUGCAUUCAACGAACUGGCCGUUCAAGAACAGUACGGUGUUGCUCAAGCCGGUAAGUUGGACCAGAUUGACGUUUCGAGGGUGAUGCGGAAACUUCUCAAGUGCGUCGCCGAACUGAGCAGCGCGUGGAGGGACGUCCACCCUAGCAGCCUGCGACUCUUCCCGAGCCUGCGCCAUGUCGACAAGGAAGCUCAGGCCCUCGCAUGGCAUUCCACAUCCAUGGAUCAGCUUCACCCUCACUCGAGAUGGCGCGAUCUUCCCCGGGUGUGGUGGGUGGAGCGCAUCGCUGAAACCAUGGAAGGUCGUGUCCACGAGCGUCGAUCCGGAUUCCGCUAUUGCGGACAGCGCCGGAAGCUGGUAGAAGCAGUUGCGAGACAGAUUUUUACGAGCGGCUUUGAACCAGUCCGUGCUAGGGCGCUUGAGAUUGUCACCAUGUCAAUCCAGCAUCAUCAGGGCGGCCGAUGGCCUCUGGUUCGUGAUGUUCUGCUGCCUGCAUUGGCGAAGGAGACUCAGGCCGCCGCCCAGUGCUCGUCCCUGACGGGUGAUGGUGCGGAUAAGGAGCAGCAGCGUCUCAACGAUUCCUUGUGUGGUCUUGCAUCAGCCCUCGGCGGGCGAAUCAAUGGCCUCAUAGGUGGUGUCUGGCGGCGUGGCAUUGAUGAUGCUGCGACGGUCGGGCUUGGACUUUGUGAAGCCAUCUAUGCGGCAACGCAGUUGAAUGCUCAGUCUGGAAGCUCUUCCCCGCCAAGCGACACCAAAGAACAGAAGUGCGAAGUCAAGCCCAACACUGUGGCAAAACUGAUUUCGGCGUUGAGGCAUUGGCUCGAUUGUCGUGAGGUUCAGUGCUGGGCGGAGACACGCCAGCGCUCCGACACACCCUUACUGCAAGACGAGAAUGUCGAUGAAUCUGAGCCGGCAGCUUCCAACAAAAUCGCUCGUGGAAUGAAGGCAGUUCGAACAGUUGCAAAAGCUUUGCAGAUGUGCGAGCGUGGAGAUUGCCACUGGAGAGCACAGAUCAUGGCGUCGACGGUGAGCCUUGCUUUGUUGAAUUCACUAGGCAGCCUGGGCCUUCCACCAAGCUUGACAGCGGAGGAGACUGCGGAAGUGAAGAUGGUUUGGUCACAGUGGGGGCGUUGGCUCGUGAAGUGCAUGGACCCGAAAGGUCAGCCUGGGCUUCAUGCACUGGCUGUGCACAGCCUGCAGCUCAUGCUGAAAGCAUCUCCCCUCAGCCAGUCGGAGUUUGCUCAACUGAGAGUGCAGGAUGCGGCCUUUUACAACAAUCUCCUGAAGGUGCUGCCCCCGUUGAAUCAUGAGGAAUUGAUGGUAACGGCAGAUGACCAGGUGGGGCAGAAGAGUGAGCCCACGAGGGGACCGGUGAAUGUGAUGGUUCAUCACGGUUAUUUUGAUGUUUGGCCCAGAAUCUGGCUUCGAAGAUCAUCACACGCCUUCUCGCUCCAGAAUGCGUUGUUCUGGCAGAGUUAUGCAAAAAGGCUCACGGCUCUGUUAAGCGGUCAAGAACUGGUGGAGCUGCUCCAAAAAGGAGCUGAGGAGCUGGCAUCUCAGCCCGUCGCUGAAGCUGAGUACCAUGCUGCUUUCGCUGAAUUUUCGGCAGGAGUGCUGCGAGCUGUGCGCAAGCCGGAGAUGCUGGAGCUCCAGAAAGAUCUGUGGAACCAGUUGCGGCCCCUGUUCCUGUCAGCGCUGCAGCAGUCUUCAGAGGAACGUCUUGGGACGUGGUGCGAUGCAGUUCGCUACAUUGCGACUGGCUACUCGCGGCCAGAUCUCUCCCGCAUGUUUGCAUCAAAAUCACUCGUGGAGCCAGACGGGGCCUUGCAGUACUUGACCCCUCUGUUCAACUUCGUUGUCGGGGGCGAAGGCGAGCUUGCAUUCGACGCUCUAAGUUGCACGCUACCUCCCAUCCGGUUUGAAUACGAUGAGAAGCUGUCCGACGGUGACAAGGGCUCUUCCUUCGACUCCUUCAAGCGCUUGCGGCUCUUGAUGUCACUGCUAAUCGAGCCCUCUGCGACCAAGAUCUUGGCUCAGAACGAGAGCUUUUGCAGGAAGCUAGUGGAAACCUUGGAGCAGGGACUAGGCCACCCGUACAAGCAGCUGCGUGAGGAGGUGGCUCGGGGCCUUUUCUUCAUCGUCCAGGCGGCCAGCCACCAAAAGUCCGACUUCGACACGCCGGAGACCGGACUGAAGUUGGUGUCUGCGCACUUGGAGACCUGGUUUUGUGCAGAAGCACAAAGACUUACACCGUUGCUUCAGGCUGAUAACGCAGCACACACCGCCGAGGGAGAUGAGGCCGCGAGACCGAAACACGUCGUCGAGAGCUCGGGCCUAGUUUAUGUCCUGUUACAUGCAUCGUUGGCAAGAUUUACCUCGACUCGCCUUCGCGAGUCAGCAUCUGAGCUGCUGGGAUUUCUCGUAGCAGCAGCUGCACACGGGGACCUCGAGCUUCGAGCGAUUGCCCCACACGCCCUUUCUCUGUGUUGCGCUGCGCACCCAGUCGCGCCCGGCGGUCCCGGUCCCGGGAAUCACGACAAGCACUGGACAAAACUGACAAUGGUGAAGGCAUUGAACUCCCUUGUCAGCGAUGGCAUUCCGGAUAAGGAGUUGGAGAAAGCCUUGGCAGCAGGCCUGAAGCCAGCUGUCAUGGCAAAUUUCUUUGUGCUUCUUACUGGUGGUCCUGAAGCACGCUCUCUGUAUUCCGAGCUACGCUCAGCUGCAGAGCGGUCUCUGGGCAACAGUAAGCCUGAAAUUCGAACAGCGUCGCGCGGUGCCGUUGCGAGCUUCUUGACGGUAGAAGCAGAGCCGGAGAUUCGUUCGCGCCUGAAAUCGCUGAAAUCUAUGGCAGGAGCUCCCGGCAAGCGUGACGAGACCAAAGCAGAAAACGGCGACUUCUGCUCGGUUGUUAGCACCAUGGCCUGCAUGCUUUUGGCAGCUGCAGACUGCGGGGUGCCGCAGUGGUCUGGCCUCGCAAUUCAGACCGUGGCGCCGUAUGGAAAGCCAGGCAUACAGGAGGCAGCUCGCAAGGAGGUGCAAUCUGCCAUCCAGGCAUUUCUCAAGCUGCAGCAAUCAAGCCAACAGACAUGGAAGGAGUGCCAAGACAAGCUGACAUCCUCGCAGCUCGAGCUGCUGAAUGACAACAAGGGCAAACUGUCCUACUUUUCAUAG